AUGCCCACUCAACCAGUUGAGCUGCCAUCGUCGUCUUCGCCAUUCGCAGCCUCUAACGACGUCCGAGCUAUCCACCGAACACUUCACCUGCUUUACCACCACAAUAAGAACCAGCAUCGCUGCACAAAAUGGUGGAAAUGGCUGAGCAUGUUGAAGCGAUGGACACUAAACCUUGAGUGUGAAAUUGAAAAAAUCGAGAAAUUUGAGGAUGUUUUGGGUGACGAUGGCAAUAAAGAUGGGCACCCUUUUGCUGCAGUAUGGAAGAUCAUGAGCUAUCUUCGCGACGAGCUGGUUCCGAGAUGCUACAGAGCAUUCUCCACUGUCGUUGCGGACAUUCAGUUUUCUUCAUUGGGAGUUGUUCUAGUAGCUACUCUUGCCGAAGUGUUCAAGGUUGUCCAAAUAAAUACGGAUGAACUUUCAAAACUUUCCCGGGUACUCGGAGGGGAGAAACAACCCUUUACAAUUAUUUCUAAGUCUAAUACUAUCAUUGCUAGCGAGGACUUUGGCGAAGUUAUUCGACGCUCCGAGGCUAUAUCCCGAACCGACGCGAAGGCAGAAUCAACAGUUUCGAGAAUCGGCGAAGACGAAAAGAAAAAGAAGAAGUCUGCCAUAGAGAAGAGCACGAAACGAAAGCCUGAAGAUGAUACCAUGCCUGCCAGCCUAGACAAGCCUGAGUGCCUAAAGAAGGAGAAAAAGAAGAAGAAGAAACGGAAAGUCAAUGCAAUUGAUGAUAUAUUUGCUGGCUUGUAA